UUUUUUUCAUCCAGUGUUCCUGUGUUUCUGUCAGGAAUAUGUUCACUCUGUAGUUUAGUAGACUGCGUCAGACAGACAGACAGACAGACAGGAUGAGUCGCCUGCUGAAUGUCCUGCGGAGCUGGUUGGUGAUGGUGUCCGUCAUCGCGGUAGGAAACACCGUGCAAAGUUUCAGAGACCACAGCUUCCUGUCAGAGAAGCUCUACACGGGCACGCCAGAGUUUGUGAAUGGUCUCCAAGCACGAACGUUUGGUAUAUGGACUUUGCUGUCAUCCAUCAUCCGCUGUGCCUGUGCCAUAGACAUCCAGAACAGAACGCUGUAUCACAUCACUUUAUGGACCUUUGUGCUGGCGCUGGGCCACUUCCUGUCUGAAGCCUUCAUCUACAAAACUGCACCUCUCACUAUUGGGGUCAUGGCACCUCUUAUUGUGGCGAGUUUCUCCAUCAUAGGAAUGUUGAUUGGAUUCCAGUGUUUUACGGAGACACAAGAGGACGUGGGUGCACGGCAGAAGAAACGUAACUGAGUCCCCGCAGUUUUACUGUUCAUUGAACUCACCCCAAAAACCAACACCCGACAACCACAGAGUAAAGUGGACUUUAUUGUGCAACUUUCUAAAGAUGAAACACUGUAUCUGUACUAUGUUGUUUUCAACUGGACAUUUUAUAGUUGACAGUUUAAUUAUAAACAGUCUCACCUCUAUUCUACAGUACACUUUCUUCAUUUACCAGUAAAAAAUACACAGAGGUCUCAUCAGAGGUUCUAACCUGAAGCUUGUCUCGGUUUUAGGGUAAUUUUUAAUAAAAAAAUAUUUCUGACUGA